AUGGAGAGUUAUUUCCACCAUAAGGAAAUCACAGAAUAUCUUACUUCCCCCCUCCAUGAGCGAACAAAACCAUUGGAAAAAUCCACCCUCCGUGAGAUAACAAAAAUUUUUUUAAUAUAAAGAAUUUUAUUGAAAAAAAAAAUUAGAUAUUUAAGUGAUAAUUAAUAUAACGAAAUCUGUGCUAAUUCUGUUUAAUUUUUAAACAGUUUGCGUUUUGAAAAAAAAGUAACCCAGCGUGAUCGAACAAAUUUUUUUUGUUCGCUCACGGAGGGUGAGUUACAACAAGCAGACAGACUGAAGCAAAUUUUGAUCAAAGCACAGAAAACACAUGCAGAAUUUGCUAUGAAAUUGCAGAUGAUGAAAAUCCAUUAAUAUCCCCUUGCAAAUGCAGCGGAUCGAUGAAAUAUAUCCACGAGCAUUGCUUAAAAAUCUGAUUGCUAUCUAUCGAUGAAGACCUAGAUAAAGGAAAAUGCGAUAUUUGCAAGGUUGAAUUUAUCAUGGACUUCGAGAUCGUUACAGAGUGCAGCUGUACUAAAAUUAAAGAAGGCACUGGGUCUUAUAUUUUGCCACCAAUUUUGCUAUUAGCCUUACUCCCCCCCCAUCCUUGAUCGAACGAUUGACUGUAAAAAUUCCUAAAAAUUGGGGAAAAUUAACCCCCAUCCUUGAUCGAACGAUUUUCAUAUCAUGCAAAUUUUUAUAUAUAUUAAAAUAUAUUUGCUAUCAAAAGCUUGGGAAGAUGUGCAUAAUGAAGCUGUUUUCAGAAGCUUUGAAACAACAGAAAGCUACAGAAUCAACUAUCCGAAGUGAUUUAGUCAUCAACCUAGGCUUAAAAACUCAAUAAUCUAAUAAAAUAGAGAUUCUUUAAAAUUUUUAAAAAAAACAUUUUAAUUCCAUAAGGAACAAAUUAAAAUUUAUACAGUUUAAAGGGGUAAUUAAUAAAUCAAAAUAUUAAAAAUUAGUAUUUUUUAUGAAAUUAAUUCAAUUUUUUGCUUUACUCCCCCCCCCCCCUCCGUGAGCGAACAAAAAAAAUUUUGUUCGCUCACGGAGGGGGGUUAAUUUUUUUUUUAAAAAAAAUUUAUAUAUAAAUUUUUUAUAAAAAAUAUUUUUUUCGAAAUUUAAAAAAAUCCUAAUUUGCAAAAAUUGGGAAGCAAAUAUUAAUUUAAUUUGCAAAAUUUAUGUUUUAAAACGCAAUUUGUUUAAAAUUAAACAGAAUUAGCUCUAGAUUUCAUUAUACUAAUUAUCACUUUAUAUAUCAAAAUUUUUUUCCAUUAAAAUUUUUUCUAUUAAAAAAAUUUUUGUUCACUCACGGAGGGUGGGUUUUUGGUCAAAAAAUGGCGAUUUUUCUAAUGGUUUUGUUCGCUCACGGAGGGGGGGGGGGGGAGUUAGAAAUAAUUAUUAAUUACUCUUAAAACUCUGAUUUAAAAGUAAAUAAAAAAAAUAUAUAUAUAUAUAUAAAAAUUUUUUCCCAAAAAAUUGUUUUUAACCCUCAUCCUUGAUCGAACGAUGGCGAGUCGCUCGAUCAAAGAUGGGGGGGGAGUUAGCAAUACUAGCUUUCCUGAUAUUUUUCUUGAUAUCAAAAAUAAGUUUUUCUGAAAAUAAUCAAUUUUAUAUUGUAUUUUUACUCACAAUUUGCGCAAUCAUCUCAGUCAUAAUUUUUCUCAUUUUAAUACGAAGCAUUAAGCGUACAUUUUUAAUCACAAAUUUAAAAAACUGGACUAUUUAUUCUCAAGACUUCAAAAACGAGGAAAAAGAAACCAUUGAAAAUAGCAUGAGCGUCAUUACAGAUAGUCCUGGUAUAGAUAAUGAAGGACAAAACGUAAUUAUUAUCUCGAAAAGUCCGAGGGUUAAAGGAAAACCUAUCGUUCUUCCACAAAUAAACACAAAUAAUUUAAUCCCUAUAAUGCAAGAUGAUCAAAUUGUAGGGUACAAAUCAAGACAAAGCUCCCCUGUUACCUCAAGACAGUCUUCUGGGGUGUAUCCAAGGGUUCAAGACUAUCAAUUACAAAAUCAAAAUCAAGAUAAAUAA